UGUGCCAUACUGCCAUUAGCAACAUCUUAAAAUAAAAAAUACAUAACAGAGUAGUAAACUAGUAACAAUUAAAAGGACAUUUGAAAAACUUGAUUUGAGAGAGAAAUGAGCGGAGAAGGUAAAGCAGUGUGUGUAACAGGGGCAUCUGGGUUCAUAGCAUCAUGGAUUGUUAAGCUCUUGUUGGAUCGUGGCUACUCUGUUCAUGCGACUGUCCGGUCUCUUGGUGAUCCAAAAAAGACAGAACAUUUGCUUGGUCUUGAUGGUGCAAAUGAAAGGCUAUCUUUGUUUGAAGCUAACUUGACUGAAGAAGGAUCUUUCGAUUCUGCAGUUAAUGGUUGUGUAUGCGUAUUUCACACUGCUUCUCCUGUUCAAUUUGAAGUUGAUGACCCGCAGGCACAACUGAUAGAGCCUGCAGUGAAGGGGACACUUAAUGUUCUUAAAUCUGCUGCAAAAGUUCCUUCUCUCAAGAGAGUCGUCUUGACAUCUUCCAUGGCUGCAGUUAUGUUUGGUGUAAAACUUCCUGAGUCUGGUGGUGUGGUGGAUGAAACUUGGUUUUCAAAUCCAUUAGUCUGUGAACAAAAAAAGUUGUGGUAUCACCUUUCAAAGACUUUAGCUGAGGAUGCUGCUGUGAAGUUUUCAAACGAGAACAGUUUGGAAUUGGUGGUUGUAAAUCCUGGAUUUGUGAUUGGUCCUAUCUUACAGCCAAUUCUCAAUGUUACUUCUGAAGGCAUUUUGGGAUUGAUAAAAUCCGGAAAGGAAGUAUUCUCAGAUGGAAUUUACAGACUCGUUGACGUGAGAGAUGUUGCCAAUGCACAUAUUUUAGCUUUUGAGAAGCCGCAAGCUAAUGGUAGAUACUUAAUGGUUUGCAAGAUGGUUCACUCUUCAUUGAUCAUGAAGAUCCUAGACAAACUAUACCCAACUCUUAAUCAUUCUGAUAAGUAUAAAGACAGCAAUUGUGUUGAGCAGCUACCUUUCAGUAUAUCGAGGGCAAAGGCCGAAAGCCUAGGUGUUGAGUUUACUCCGUUGGAGAUAACCAUCAAGGACACUGUCGAAAGCUUGAAGGAGAAGAACUUGUUAAACUUCUUAUAUCCUGCUACUGCCCCAGUGUGCAAGUUCCACCAGGUGACCGGUUCUAGAGACAUGAACAGAGAAGGGACAGUUGUUUGUGUUACAGGGGCAUCUGGGUUCAUAGCAUCAUGGCUCGUUAAGCUCUUGCUUGCCCGUGGCUACUUUGUUCACGCUACUGUCCGAUCCCUCGAUGAUCCAAAAAGGACAGAACAUUUACUUGCUCUUGAUGGAGCCAAGGACAGGCUAUCUUUGUUUGAAGCUAACUUGAGUGAAGAAGGAUCUUUCGAUUCUGCAGUUAAUGGCUGUGUAUGCGUCUUUCAUACAGCAUCCCCUGCUCUAGUUUCAUUUAAAGAUCCACAGGUAGAAUUGAUAGAUCCUGCAGUGAAUGGGACACUUAAUGUUCUUAGAUCUGCUGCUAAAGUUCCAUCUCUCAAGAGAUUCGUCUUUACAUCUUCUUCCACCGCAGUCAUGUUUGGUCCAAAUAUUCCGAAGUCUAGUGAUGUGGUCGAUGAAACCUGGUUUUCUGAUCCAGUUAUUUGUGAGCAAAAAAAAUUGUGGUAUGCGCUUUCAAAGACUCUGGCUGAGGAUGCUGCUGUAAAAUUUUCAAAAGAGAAUAACCUGAAGUUGGUGACCGUAGUUCCUGGCCUUGUCAUCGGUCCCUUGUUGCAGCCUACUCUCAACUUCAGUUCCGAGGGCUUUAUGAGGUUAAUAACUACGGGAAAGGAAGUCUUUCCGGAUGGAAUCUAUAGACUUGUUGAUGUGAGAGAUGUUGCUACCGCACAUGUCUUAGCCUUUGAGGAACCGCAUGCUAAGGAUAGAUACUUAAUUGUAGGGAACACUGUUCGCUCUUCAAUGAUCUUAAAGAUUGUACACGAACUCUACCCUGCUUUUUCGCAUUGUGAGAGCAUGGAGUGUGUUGAGCCACUGCCGUAUAGUGUAUCAAGGGUAAGGGCUGAAGGUCUAGGCGUUGAGUUUAUUCCGUUUGAAGCAAAGAUGAACGGACAACGGAAGGUGGUUUGCGUUACGGGUGCUUCUGGGUUCAUAGCGUCGUGGCUUGUUAAGCUUUUGCUGGCUCAUGGCUACACUGUUCAUGCUACUGUCCGUUCUCUCGAUGAUCCAAAAAAGACCGAACAUCUACUAGCUUUUGAGGGAGCUAAGAAAAGGCUAACUUUGUUUGAAGCUAAUUUGACAGAAGAAGGAUCCUUCGAUUCUGCAGUUAAUGGCUGUGUGUGUGUCUUUCACACAGCAUCUCCUGUUAUAUUUAAAGCCGAUGACCCACAGGUGCAAUUGAUAGAUCCUGCUGUGGAGGGGACACUAAAUGUUCUUAGAUCUGCUGUAAAAGUUCCAUGUCUCAAGAGAGUCGUCUUGACGUCUUCCAUUGCUUCAGUUUUUUUACAUGGCGCAAAACUUCCCCAGCCUGGUAUUGUAAUUGAUGAAACCUGGUUUUCAGAUCCAGUAGUUUGUGAGCAAAAAAAGUCAUGGUAUUCUCUUUCAAAGACCCUAGCUGAGGAUGCCGCUGCCAGAUUUUCAAAGCAGAAUGGUUUAGAUUUGGUAUCUAUACAUCCUGGCUAUUCGAUCGGUCCUUUCUUGCAGCCAACUCUCAACCUCACCUCUGACGGCAUUUUGAACUUCAUUAAAACCGGUAGUUUAUAUCCAGAUGGGAUGUACAGACUUGCUGAUGUCAGAGAUGUUGCUAUGGCACAUAUAUUAGCAUUUGAAAAGCCAAGUGCUAACGGUAGAUACUGCAUCGUUGGGAUUAUGAUUCGCUCUUCAGAGAUCAUGAAGAUUGUAAACAAACUCUACCCGUCUCUCAACCAUUCUGAAAGGCAUGAAGAUGGAAAGUCUGUUGAGCCGCUACCGUACCUUGUAUCAAGGGCAAGAGCAGAAAGUUUAGGCGUAGAGUUUACUCCAGUAGAGAUAACGAUCAAGGAUACUAUUGACAGCCUAAAGGAGAAGAAAUUGCUAAGCUUCUAA